CACUGUGUGCCUGUUGUCCAUGGAGGUGAAGGGUGUCGGAGCUCCUGGAACUGGAGCUACAGGUGCUUAUUAGCCACUGUAUAAGUGCUUGUAAUUCAGCUUCGGUCAUCUGGAAAAGUAGCUGGGGCUCUUACCACACUAAGCUCUAUCUCCAGCCCCUCUUGCUGAAUUCUUACAGCACUUUGUACCCUUCUUAUCUCUCAGCAGUAGCUGAGCAUCUUGACUUAGAAGUGAUACAUUGCAAUUCCUAUAGUGGGGAAAAAGAAAGCAGGGUAAUGGUUUGGGGCUGCUAAGAAGCUCAGUCUUCAUCUCUCCCAGCAACUAGGGAGUUCCCACACAGGAAUGCUGCCUCCUCUGCACUCCUACACAUACCAAACUGCACUCUGGAGGAGUAGAACCUUCCCCAGGGGAGGGUCCACCCCAGUCCUGUCUGGUGGUACCAGGCUCUCAACAAGGAUGUCAGGCAGAAUGUGGGAAAAAAUUAAAAAGGAUAGAUGUGUACCAGAGGGUCCUCUGUCUUCCUUCAUACUCCGAUAGAUUAGUGUAGACAUCUUGGCUUUGCCCAGGUGUCAAGUUUUGUUAGGGGUUGUGGCUACCCUGGGUCUUGUAUUGGUCUGUAAGGUAUUAGUCAAAGUAUGGGCUCUGGAUAAUGCUAAAUGACCUUUGCCAGAUAUGGUAAUCAUUGCAUUCCCCUAGGGCAGGCUCUGCCCCGCCUGGGAAACCUAGCAAGGUGUGUCCUCGCCACCUUCCGUGAAGUUAAACAGGGGCCAGGUUAGGCUGGGAUCAGUCUCAGGGACUCACUCACAGGAGUAAGAAGCAGAGCACAGCACAAAGGAGCAGGAGGAUGGGAAAGGAGGGACUAGCGUACUCUGUGCAUCGAUGCUGGCCCCUGCUGACUCUGGCUGCCAGUCUCCUGCUCACCUGUGGACCAGCAUCCUCAUUACAAGAACCACAUAGUUCUUCUGGAUUUAUGACUACAAGGCUCAGGACAACACCCAAGACAAGCAGAAGAAUGUUGGAAACAAGCACAACAGUGACCACUUCAACUUUACAUUGGAGAAGCAGCAUUCCUUCAAACUUGGCUACACCAGAAGGCACAAGAAACUCACAGAAAACAGUGAGCAGCAUGGAAGCCACCAACUCUGCUCCCCGCAUAUCAUUUGAAUCAGUUGUACCCAAAUCCACACUGUUCACGUUGAUACCCAAAACCACAGGGAAGAGCACUGUUUCUGCUUCAAUGAAUACGUCUAAUUCUACAAGGACUGGCACACAAAAUGGGACUGAAUUAGAUAGUACCCUUCUGCAAGACACAUCCAUGACUGUUACUAUGGAGACUAACAUACCUGAGAUGAUUUCGACCACAGAUCAUACUCCUCAUCUUCCUGAAGCAUCCUUUACUAAUUCUGUUCUUGUAUCCAGAACAGAACCUGUGAACAGCAUUUCCUAUCCAAGCCCUCAUCAGUCAACCACGCCAGAAGAAACCUCCAGUAAAGUGUCCACUGGACCCCCAAACUCUGUCAUUGGCACUAGUCAGACAGGUUUUGUGGGGACCCCAAACUUGGUUUCCUCCCAAGGAACACCAGAAACUUCCUUAGUGCCAGGAAUGCACUCUACUCUCUCUCAGAGUUAUCCAUUGAUGGAGAAAUCCACUCUUGUCAGCACAAGUUAUAAUACCCCUUCCAAGACAAAAUUCUCACCACUGGAAGGAAUCAGCUCUGAACAUUCCUUGGGAACUACGGUCAGAAUGAUCUCUCCAUCACCUGUUGAUUCCACAUCACAAAGGCAUAGUCACUCUUUUACAGGUCCUAUAAACUCACCCAUGCCUAUUACCCAUCAUAAUCCCAAGCAAGGUUGGAAUACCACUUGGAUACAAUCUAGAACACUUGAACAAACAGAUUCAACCACAAAAUAUGAUCCUAACCAUACUGAAGCAUCCACAAAUGUUGACUCAUGGACAAGGGACAUGUCUACUGUGAACACAUCCCUUACAAAGCUACAAGAGUCCACAUCAGAAGAAACUUCCAUUGGAAUCACCAUCAGGACUCCUGGUUCCAGCCUCACUACAAAGUCACAAAUGUUGGCAAAUAGCCACACAGGACCUUCUGUGAUGACAUCAAACAUGAUGACUUCUGAAGACACAUCAAUUUCUGCCUCACUUAAACACACUAACUCCAGUGGAGGACAUGCACUUCCACAUUCAGAAUCCAUGGCACCUUCCAACAAUGUUUCUUCAUUUCCUUGGGAAGAAUCAAUAUCAACAGAUUCCAUAACAAUGCCACGUGAGUCACAUUCACAUGCUAUUUCUUCCAUGGCAGACAGACACAAAAUAUUACCUACUAGUUCUCUGACAUCUGUCAUCAAAAUUUCUAAGAAUCUAAUCCCAACAGACUUGUCCAGAAUCUCAAGACCUGGGACUUCUUCAACUCUGAGUUUGAGUAGCAGUCCUCAGACAAGUUUUAAGAGUGCACAAUUAUCCAAUGUCUCACAGAUGACCACUGUUUCCACAGUCACAAAAGGAAACCACGUGAAAGAUGGGAGUUCAACAUCCCAGCUCAAAUACACCAUAGCUACACCAGUCUCAUCUGGAAAUGAAUAUUUCACAAUAUUUAUGACCAAAUCAGAAGGCACCACAGUUCCAUCUCCACAACUAAUUUCCUUUGCAACUGCAGAGAUUAAAAGACAGACAGCUUCUACCUUGAUCUUAGCAUGGAAAAAUGAUAGUAAGUCUGAAGACAUGCAUACAACCAAAGGACACAAUACUAGUGAGACUGAUGUGCUCACUAUCCCAUCUCUUCCUGAGUACCAGACAGCAGGCUUGUUUGAGCCCAACACAUCCCUCUCAAUGCUACAUCAGUCAACAUCAAAUGAUACCUCCAUUGGAAUCUCCAUUGGGCUCCCGGGAUCUAUAACAACCACAGAAUCAGAAGAGACAGCAGCCAGUCACAGGGGACAUUCUGUAGUGACAUCAAACAUGGUGACUUCUCAAGACACAUCAACCCCUGCUUCAAACACAGAGACCCAGCACAGUGAGACACAGACAUUUCCACUUUCAGAAUCCAGGCUUCAUUCUGUUAAUCCUCCACCGCCAUCAUGGACUCAUUCAACUUGGGAAGGGUCCAUGCCUGCCAGUUCAACAAGACCUACACCUGAGGCUCCCUCCCGUUCUCCAGUUCCUGCCACUGCAGACAGAUACAGCACCAGAUCCCCUCUUUCUGUCACCUCUAUCUUCACAGUUGCUAAGGACCCAAUCCCUACCAGAUUAUAUACAACCUCAGGACCAACGUCUGUUUCAGUACUAAGCUCCAAACAUGCUCAACUCUCAAAAGUCUUACAAACAACCCCUGUUUCCUCACUCACACAAGAGAACAGCAUGGAAAAUGGGACACACACACGUCAUGCCAAACACACCAUCACACCUACAUCAGCUCCAUGGGAAAAGGAAUCUUUCACAACCAUUAUGCCCAUCAUGGAACAUACCAGACUUCCACCUUCACAGCCUGUCUCAUCUGGAAGCACAGAGAUCGAGACAGGCACAGCUUCCUCCCCAAAGGCAGCAUGGACAGACUUCCGUACAUCUGAAGACAGAAAUUCAACCAUAGAGCAAAAUCCUAACCAUAGCGAAUUGCACACUAGACCUUCUCUUUUUGAGUCUAGGACAGGAGCCCUGUCUGCUGACAGCACGUUCCUGUCAGCCCCCCAUCAGUCUACCUCAGAAGAUACUCCCAUUGGAAUCUCCACCAGUCUCCCUACCUCCACCAGCAAUGCAGAAUCAAAAGAGAUGACAAGCAGACCCAUGGGACAUUCUCCAGUUAUGGCAGACAUUUUGACCUACCCAAACACAUCCAGCACUACCUCAGUCAAGGACACCCAGUCCAGUGGGAUGCAUACACUUCCACAUUCAGAAUCCAUUGCUCCUUUCAACAAUCCUGCUUCAGCAUCAUGGACAGGUAUUCCUGAGGCAGGAUCCUUGUCUACAGAUUCCACAACACCAGCAUCACUUUCACUGGCCCCUGGUACUUCCUUACCAGACAGACACCAUCAGUUUCCUGAUACUGUUGCCUCUAUUUUCACAGUUGCCAAGGAUCUGUUUCCCACAGCUUCAUACCCAAGUUCAGAUCCUGUGACUACUUACAUUUCAAACUGGAGUACUAUCUCUCAGUCAAGCUCUAACACUGCACAUGCUUCCCAAACUUCACCGAUGAAUAAAUUUUCUUUGAUCACACCAGGGUCCAAUGUGGAAACCGGCAGUUCUGUGCCCCAAUUCAAAUACACUAUCACACCUACAUCAAUGUCAUCUGAAAAUAAAGCUUUUCCCACUACCCUUCCCACCACUCAAGUAUCCACUCUUUCACCUACAUGGUCAAUAUCACUUGAACGUGAAAAGAUUGGGACACAGACAUUUACCCUCCUGACUAUAUUGACACCAGCAAAUAUACCUGAGAAGGUGUUGUCAAGCACAGAUUUCAUUAGUAGCCAUUCUGAAGUGCCUUUCAGUUCUUCUCGUCCUGUAUCCAGAACAGUAUCCAUGUCACCUGAUAGCACGAUACUUCCAAUGCUUCAACAGUUUACAUCAGAAGAUACCAAGUUUACAUCAGAAGAUCUGUCCAGUAGAAUUGUCUCCAAACUUUCUAGCUAUAGCAUCACAGAAUCAGAAGAAAUAUCUACCAGCCAGGUUGGGGAUUCUCAAGUGACAUAUAAUACGGGCCCGUCCCUGGAAACAUCACCCAUGUCUUCAGUGUCUGAUAAUUUCAAUAGUUUCACUCCAAUUCCCCUAGUCACAGAGCCAUCCACAUUUCUAAGCCAAAGUCAUGAAGUCCAACCAAUUGCAACUUUUUCAACUCUGAAAGGAAGCCAACCUGCCGAUUCUCUAGGAUAUCUUGAUGGGCCAACCUUAGCUUUUCCUGUUACCUCCACAGAAGAACACAGCACCCCAUCUCCUAGUUCUGUGAUCUCUGACUUCACGCCUUCUAGGGAGGCAAUCACAACUGGAUUGGGUAUACAUGAUUUGUCUACCUCAUUUAUAAAUUGGAGCAAUAGUACACAAUCAAGCCCAGAGACUCCACAGGUCACCAAAUUCUCAGAGCCGAGCUCUGCUUCCUCUGUAAAACCCAGUUGUUCCAUACCCCAAUCCAAAUCCUCUGUUACCGCUGCAUCAGUUUCAUCUAAAACUGCAUUUUCAACCAUGUUCCAGCACCCUCUGGUGGAUACUGCAGUUUCUAUUUCAGAGGCAGCAUUUUCUGAGGCCUCUGGAAUUAUGGCUCACACAACUUCUUCCCCAAGCCAAUCACUCCCACAAACUACCAUUCUUGAAGAGACCAGAAUUGCCACAACACAUGAUACUGUUUCUUCUCAGUUGCCCCCUAGCAUGUCUACUGACAUCUCCAUUUCAGAGGCCAUUACAGCUGGCAGACUCUCCAUGAGAAUCCCCCCUUCUUUCUCAGCAUCAGAAGACAUCACCACUGGAAGCAUUCUCAGCCACAUUACCUAUCCUAGUACAAAAGAACACAUAGAGUUAACCUCCAUCUUGGAGGCAGAUAAUUCUGGGUCUUUAUUAUAUGAUGCCCUGUCUAGGGACACUGCAACCACUGUUUCUGUGGCAGAGUUUUCUUCACCUGAGCCUCAGACAUCUCCAUAUUUAGCAAUGAUAUCUGAAGCCAGAGGUUCUGAGGGACAGUCUUUACUCAAAGAAAAGCACAUCUCUUCAGAUUCAACAUCAACUGUGACUGAGAAAACCACACCACCUGUUACUUCUACUUCACAAGUACAAAAUGACUCUUCCCUUGACUUUGUGACUGCAAUUGUAACUUCUAUUCAAGAAACAACCUCAAUUGGAAAAGAUGAAAAUGUACUUUCUGGGAGCACUUCAACCCAAGGCCUGGAUACCACUUCCAGGUAUCCAGGUCCUUCAUUUGACAUAAGAAACCUCACAGCAGAUCACAUUCCCUCAAAAAACCUAGAAAACAGAAUAGAAACCAAUAGUCCUGGAGCCCAUUCUCAAGGCACUGUCCUAGUUAAUUCUGUCCCAUCAAGAAUAACAACUGUAAUGAUGACCCCGCAAAGCAAUUGGCACACGGCCCUUUCCACAUCAAUGCCCAUAUCUAAACCUGCACAUACAGAAACUCAGAGAACUUUCCUCCUAACCUCAGUAGAACAGGAAAUCACCAUGCCUGAAGAUACUAACUUGAUGACAAAACAUAGCUCUGAUCUUUUCACAGUGCCCACUAGGACUUACACUGGGAUUUCAAGAACAGCAGUUAACUCGGCUGAUAGAAUAUCUAUUUCAAGCUCUGGAUCCUUCACAAAGACAGCAGACAUCUUAAUGGGAAAUAAUUCCAAUAUCUCUACUGUUUCCUUCCCAAACAUUGACGACAGUCAAGUAAUUAAUGCUGCAGAAUCAUCCAAGGUCACAACUCUUUGGAGCACUUCAGUAACUACUGAUGAUACAGGGGAUCUCUCUACUGUAACUCAGACAGUUCUGCACCCAGACUCCAUAACUCAUUCCACCAGUUCUGAGCCACUGUCACAAACAGACUCCCCAGUCCAUGAAGCAACCCCCUCUGUGAAGUCUGUAGAAAUACCUCUGACAACAUCAUCUUUUCUUGCUACAUCCUCAUCAGAAGGACAAAGUCUCAGUCUCACUUCUCCUGCUUCUGGGGUCCCCACAUUCUCUUCUGGGGAAAGAACUCCAAAGGAAAUAGACUCAAACUUAGAUUCUUUUACAACACCAUUUCCAAGCUGGAGAAACAGUGAGUUAGUCAAUUCAAAGGACACUAGAACCUCACAAACAUCUUACAUUUUGAACAGAACUGAAGCAACCAGUGUGGACAUAACCACUCCUGGACCCCAGUUCCAAAACACUGUGUCAUCUAAGGCUGUUCUCCGAGAUGGUACUGCCUCUUCCUUUUUGUCAUUACUAACAAAGACUCCUCCUUCUUCUGCUUCCUCUCUACCACCAGAGAGUUCAAGCUCUACCUCUUUUCCUGAGACUUCAUUCCACACCUCUGAGUUUUCUAAGACAAAGGAUACAUUGAUCAGAAGCUUGAAAACUGGACCAGGUUCACCUCCAAAUUUGAGCAGCACCUCACUUGAAAUAUUGGGCUUACCUGAAGUUACUACUGAUAGAGAAAAUUUUCAUUCUUCCUCAAAAUUCAAAGUAGCCAACAUGGAGGCCGUCAGUAAAGGGCAUGAGCUAAGUUCCUCUGUACUGAUACCCACUGAAUCAUUCAGGGAUGCCUAUACAGGUGGUACCUCUUCCUCCACAUGGGUGACUUCUAUGUCCACAUCAUUGCCUGCCCAUUUAGAGACUACUAGAUCUGAUACUGACCAAUUUUUCCAUUUGACUUCUGGAUUGAGGGAUACUAGCAUGUCUCUACAAACAAGCAUGCCUUCAUCUCCUGUGUCCACUCCCAUUUUUCCAAAUUCUGAGACUGCUGUCGCUUCUGCUAGAAACAUAUCGACUCCUUAUCAGACUCAAUCUUCACGGUUUACUGAAGUUCCAGUACAAACAGUCACCACCUUACAUUCUUCAUCUAUUACUGAGCCUACAGGGGUAACAUCUUUCCCAGAAUCCAAUUUUACUGUGCCCUCACCAGAAAGUACUCAUGUUCCAAGAACGGAUAUGCCACCUGCAGAUGAGGUGACUUCAGAUGAAACCACCCUUUCUGCAGCAGAAGAUAUGGCUUCAUUGGCCACAACCAGCAUUCCAAAAGGCAGCUCACUUAUGACUUCUAACAGUCCUCAUUCAAUAACAAAGUCAAGCCAUGGUGAUAUUUUGGUGGCCACCAAUGUAAAAGAAUUACCUCCUUCAACUUCUACAUCUCUGCCCUUUCCUGUUUCCACUAGCACUGACUUUACAGCCAUCCCAGCUCUGCAAAAGACUACUCUUUCAGAAACAGAAGAUGGCAUGCAGUCCCAGACAGUGACCCCUGAUGGAGCUGCCCAUGGAGACACCCCAGGCCUAGUAAAGAGCCCUUUGGCUUCUAUAUCACCUGCUAGCUCUAAAGAACUAACCACAGAAGGGGUGGUAAAAGCAGAGACCACUGAUGCAGCUCUGAAGACUACACCCAUCGCCACUUCAACCACCAAAAUCUCUACAACUUCAAGACCCCUGGCUCACCUCAAGACACCAGAGACAACGGUCAACAUAAACACAACAGAGAUGAUUAUCACAGCCUCAGAUGCCUCCCACAAUGUCCUGGGGAUGACAGCAUCACUUUCUUCAGGCUCUAGGAAAAAGACCAGCAUGGUCCUCAGAACAAGACCAUCUUUGUACAGUAAAGAACCAGAGAGCACAGCCUUGAGGAGCCCCAGUCUUAGGACAGAGACCAGCCAAGCUAGUCGUACUUUAACUGGCUCCUCUGGUGACUCUGGUACAGUCUCAUGGGUCACCUAUCCUUUGGAGAUGACUUCAGCUGCUGCCAAGAUGACCCUAAGUGCUUCUCAAGGUGAAUCAGAUUCCAUGGUGUCCACAGCCACCAUUCCCAGAGAAGUCAGUUCAUCUUUUCCACAGUUAACUGUUUUCUCUACAACACCAGAUUUGCCAACCUCACUGAUUAGCGGACCUGAAGAAAGCACUGGUAUGUUUAUUCCAACUCUUACUGAUUCCCCGAGUGAACCAAAGACAAUAGCUUCUGGGGUCACCCAUCCUGGAACAGAGGUGAGUUACUCUGUUGCCAGCACUUUUCCUGCUGACACAUCAGGAAUGGCAACCUCAUUGAAUAUUAGUACUGGAGCAGAGACCAAGCCAGCUUUUCAAAAUCUCACAGUCGCACCUAGUGAGUCACAUACAAUAUUCCCAAGAAACACACAUCUUACACAGAGCAGAAUCCUUGUUUCUGGAAAUAUUGAAUCUGAUACUACCACGCUCUCAAUGGAUACCACCCGUGGGACAGAAGUCAUGCUAGCCUUUCCAACCACUACUACAUCACCUGUUAUAGCCGGAUUGGAAACCUCACUGGUCAUUAGUUCUCAGACACAGGAAAAAAAUAAUACAUCCACUAUGACUCCUGCUGAGGAACCAGAGUCCACUGGCACACUUGUCACUGAUUCCAAAGCAUGGGGAACUACAGCUAUUCUAAAUACAAGUAAUUCAGCUGUUGUAUCAGGAAAGAUAAUAGAGCCAACUACUUCAACCCUGACUGCUUUUCCAUAUCAACUGUUUAAUACAACGUCUUGGCUCACCCAGACUGGGACAGAAGACACCUCAAUUUUUUCCACUGUGGAGAGUACAUCCUCUAGUGAGCAAAAUACAACAACAUCAGGAAUCACCCAUCUUACGGAGACAAACGUUACUCUUCCUAAGACAGCCCUAACAUUUUCUCAUGGUGGAUCAGAUUUGACACUGUCAACCACCACAAGUACUGGGAAAGAAGUCAGCUCUGCUCUUCCCACUUUGGUGACCUCACUGGCCACUAGUUCUAGAGCAGUUACCAGUACAAGUAUUCCAUCUUUGUCUGUUUCUUUUUCUAAGCCAGAGACAACGAACUCAUUUACUACCGAUGCUGGAGCCCAGACAAGUUUAGGUAUUACAGUUCCAUCUGACUCCCCUAGAAUGUUGGCCUCACUAAUAACCAGUUCUGGAACAAAAAGCCAUCCAUCUCCAACUUUGACUGUUUCCCCAGGUCAACCAGAGACCACCAUUCCAGGGGCCAUUCAUCUUGAGGCCAAGUCCAGUUCGGCUAUUCCAACUUUGGCUGUUUUUCCUGGUGAGCCAAAUACAACCAUUUCCUUAUUCACUCCUCAUGCAGCAAUCAGUCCUACAGUUCUCAAAACAGUCCCAGAUUUUUCUCAGCAUGGGUUAGAUGUUACACCCUCAGUGGCUUCCAGUCUUGGGACAGAAACAAAUUUAGCUGGCUCGUCUUCUAUUUUUUCACCUGAGGUGAAAGGGGUUCUGACCUCAUUGGCUCCUAGUUUUUCAACAGUAACUAGUGAAAGUACUCCAGCUCAGUUUGUUUCUGCUGAUGAGUCAGACACCACAGUAUCAUUUGUCAGCCACCGUAGGCCACAGGUGAGUUCAACCAUUGCAACUCUGACUGUCUCCCCUGAAGUUCCAGAGUUGAUGUCACUCACCACAAGCAGUAAAUUAGAAACAAGUCUAUUUUCAACUCAGGUUGCUUUCUCAAGUCAGCCAGAGAUCACUGCUUCAGAAGUCAGCCAUCUUGGGGAUAAAGCUAGUUCUAAGAUUCCAUCUGGGACUAGGACUCCUACUGAGCAAGAUGAAGCAACAAGGCCAAGUUUUUCCUAUAUGGAUUUAGACACUAUGCCUCCCGCAUCCACAAUUAUUGGUCCAGAAACAAGUUCAUCUGUUCUAACCACAACUGUCUUACCUGUUGUCCAAGAUAUGGUGACUUCGCAGGUCCCUAGUUUUGGUACAGAUUCAAAAACAACUACAUCAAUUCUGAUGCUCCAUUCUUCUGAGCCACAGACUGUAGUUUCCCUGGCAACCAAUGCAGGGGAAGAGUCCAGUUUAGCCACUUCUACUGCAGCUGUCUCUCUAGGUGUAACAGAAGUGAUAACAUCACUGGUGUCUAGUUCUGGGGCAGAGACACAUGCAAUCCAAACUGCUUCCCCAGAUGAUCCAGAUACUAUAACCUCAUGGGUCACCCACUCUGGCAGAGAAGGUACUUCAGAUGUUUUGACUCUAUCUACUUUACCUGGUGGGACAGGUGAAACAAAAUCAUGGGAUACUCAUUCUUCAGAGACUAACCUGACAGUCCUCAUGACAACUCCAGAUAUUUCCCACACUGCAUCAGAUAGUUUGCCCUCAAUGUCCACCAGUUCUGAGACAGAAGCCAGAUCAGAUUCUUCAACUUCUGCUUUUUCACCUAAUGUUUCAGAAGUACUGAGUUCACCUGUCACUACUUUUAGAACAAUCACCAGCACCAAUAUUCCAACUUUGACUCUUUCUUCUAAUAAACCAGAGAAAGGAGUCUCAAUAUCCACUCAUACUGUGGUACAAAAACCUUCAUCCGUUCCAACUAUGACAGCUUCCUCUGGUGUACUUGGGAUAGUGACUUCACUAGGCCCUAGUUCUGAGAUUUACACCAGUACAAUUUCCCCAGCAAUAACAAGUUAUUCACAAAUACUGGAGAAAACAGCAUCACAAGUAACACCUUCUAAAAUUUCAGAAGAAAGUUCUUCUGUUGCAACUUUUACUGCUUCACCAGAUGAAGCAGGCACAUCAGCCCCAUUUGUUAUCAGUCCUGUAGAAAUGAGCACAAAGGUUCCCAGGAUAAGCCCAAGUUUUUCCCAUAUUGAAUCUUAUACCACACCCCCAACAGCCACCACAGUUGAACAGGAAGCCGGAUCAUCUGCUCCAAGUACUCCAACUAUAGCUCUCUCAUCUAGUAUUCCAGAUAUGGUAACCUUAGAAGGCCGUAGGUCUGAGGAAGAUACAGAGACAUCCAAAUCAAUUCUUACUCUUCAACCUCCUGAACGACAUACCAAGAUGUCUCUUAUUUCUCACUCUGGGGAAAAGAUUAGUUCACCCAUGUCUACUACAGCUGUCUCUCCAGGUGUAACAGAAAUGAUAAGACCAUUCUUCACUAGCUCUGAGACAGGCAGCCAUAAAAGAAAUCAGACUAUUUCUUCAGGUCAAACAGAGACCACCACAUCAUGGAUCAUGAAUCCUGAAACAGAAGUCAGUGCAAGGGUGCUAACUACAACCAUCUCACCCAAUGUUCUAGAAAUACUGACCUCAAAAUCUGUGAACCAAAUUCCAAAGAAACAGACUACAGUUUCAUUGGUAACUGAUGCUGGAAAAGAGCCCAAUUCAACCAUAUCUACUCUGGCUGUCUCUCCAGAUACAACAGAAAUGGCUACCUCACUGGUCACUACUGAAGGUACAGAAAGUCAUGCAACAACUCCAAAUUUCACUUUUUCCACAAGACUACCAAAUACAACAACAUCUUGGAUUAACAGCCCUGAAAAAAAAGCCAGCUCAGGUGCUCAAAAUACAAACUUAACAUCUAGUGUUACAGACAUGAUGACCUCAACAUUCCUGAGCCACACUCUUUCUGAAGCACAGAAGAAAACACCAUUGGCAACUCCUGCUGGGCAACAACAAAGUUUGUCCAUAAAUAGUAUGGCAGUCUCUCAGGGUAUAACAGAAGUGACAUCCCGGGUUGAUAGCUCAGGCACAGAAAGCCAUGCAGUGACUUCAAAUACAAACUUAUCCCCAAUACAACCAGAGGUUACAAAAGCAAAGAUAACAGAUCAUGGAAUGCAAGGCACUUCAGGGGUUCUAUUUAAGACCAUCUCACCUAGCAUGCCAGAAAUGAUGACCUCAUCAACUCUUAUUCCUUCUGAAACAUAUACUACAAUUUCAUUGGUUACCAACAUUGGGGAACAGCCAAGUUCAGCCAUGUCUACAAGGCCGGUGUCUUCAGGCAUAACUGAAAUGAUAUCAUCACUCAUCACUAGCUCUAGCAUGAAAAACUCUUUAUUGGAUUCAACUCUAUAUGUUUCCUCAAGUGAACCAGAGACCACAGACCCAAGGCUUGUCCUUCCUGGAAAAGAACUUGUUAUUUCCGGAGUUCUAUCUAGAACCAUCUCACAUAGUGUAACAGAAAUGAUCACCUCACCAACUCUUACUCCUUCUAAACCAUAUAGCACAGCUUCAUUGGAUACCCACAUUGGGGAACAGCCCAGUUCAGCCAUGUCUGUAAGGCCUGUUCCUCCACAUAUAACAGAAACGAUACCAUCCUUUGCCAUUAGCUCAAGCACAGAAAACCAUUCUGUCACUUCAACUCUUGCUACUUCCCCAGACCAACCAGAGACCACAUCUACAUGGGUCACCCACCCUGGAAAAGAAGAUACUUCAGGGGUUUUAAGAACAAUGGCCUCACCUACUGUUCCAGACGUGAUGACCGCAACGACUCUGAUCCACACUCCUCCUGAACCACAGACCAUAACAUCAUUGCUCACUCAUACUGGUGAACAUCUCAGUUCAUCCAUGUCCACUGAAGUUGUCUCUCAGAGUGGAAUGGAUAUGAUGAUGUCACCUGCCAGGACAGAAGUACAUGAAACCAGUCCAGCUCUACUUCUUUCUCCAGGUCAAAGAGAGAACACAGCCUCAUGGGGGACUCAUGAUGAAAGAGAAGACACUUCAGGUAUUCUAACUACCACCGUUUCAACUACUGGUCCAGACCUUGUUACUUCAGCAUCUCCUAUUCCUGCUGAACAACAUUCAACAGUUUCUAUUGUCACCCACAUUGGUGAACAGCCCAGUUCAGCCUUCCCUACUCUGGCUGGCUCUUCAGGUGUGACAGAAAUGAUGUCAUCACUGGUCACUAGCCCCAUCACAACACAUAGUCCAACAACUACAAUGCUGACAGUAUCCACAGAUCAAGCAGAGACCACAGGUUCAUGGGCCUCCCAUUCUGUAAAGGCAGUUAGUUCAGAUGUUCUAACUACAAAUAUGUCAGAUACUGCUUCAGAGAAUGUAAACUCAAUAAGUCCAACCUAUAUUUCUUCUGAAACACAGACCACAGUAUCAAUGGUUAAACAUGGUGAGGCACAACCAAGUUUAUCCAAGUCCACUCAGACUGUCCCUCCAGAAGCAACAGAAAUGAUGACAUCACAGACUACUACUACUGGCUCAAAAACACAUGAAACCAGUUCAGCUCUACUUGUUUCUCCAGGUCAAAGAGAGACCACAACCACAUGGGUGACUCAUGCUGAAAGAGAAGACACCACUUUUUCAACUACUGGUCCAGACCUUGUUACUUCAGCAUCUCCUAUUCCUGCUGAACAACAUUCAACAGUUUCUUUUGCCACCUACAUUGGUGAAAAGCCCAGUUCAGCCAUUCCUCCCCUGGCUGUCUCUCCAAGUGUAACAGAAACUCUAAUAUCACUGGGCACUAGCUCCAGCACUAACUCUGCACUAGCUACAACUCUGGCAGUUUCCACAGAUAAACCAGGGAAUACAGGCCCAUGGGUCACGCCCCCUGGAAAAGAGGACACAUCAGGGGAUCUCUCUACAGCCAUCUCACCUGACAUUUCAAAAAUGAUGACCUCAACAAUUCUGAUCCAUACUUCUCCUGAACCACAGACCAUUGCAUCAUUGGUCACGCAUCCUGGUAGACAUCCCAGUCCAUCCUUGUCUGAUCAGGCUGUCUCUUCAGGUGUAACAGAAACAGAAAUGCCAUCAUUUGUCACUGGCUCAAGCAUAGGAAGCCAUGCAACUCUGGAUGAUUCUACAGGCCUGUCUGAGACCACAGCCCCACUGACCACCCACCCUGAAAGAGAAGUCAUAUCAGGGGUUUCUACUACUACCAUGUCAACUGGUAUCCCAGGAAUGAUGACCUCAACUACUCUCAUUCCUUCUGAAUCACAUGCUACAAUUUCAUUGGUCACCCCUAUGGAACAACAGCCCAGUGCAACUUUGUCUACAAGUCCUGUCUCUACAGGCAUUACAGAAAUGUUACCCUCACUCGUCACUAACUCAAGCACAGAGAACAAUUCCAUGACUUCAACUAUGGCUGUUUCACCAGAUCAACCAGGGACCACAACCACAUGGGACACCCAUCCUGGAAAAGAAGGUACUUCAGGGGUUCUGUCUUUGAACAUUUCACAUAGCAUACCAGAAAUGAUGACAUCACCAAAUCUUAUUUCUGCUGAACUAAACACCACAGUGUCAUUGGUGACACAUAUUGGGGAACAGCAUAGUUCAGACAUAGCUACAUGGCCUAUCUCUCCAGAUAUAACAGAAACGAUACCAUCAUUUGCCACUAGCUCAAGUACAGAAAGCCAUUCCAUCACUUCAACUCUUGCUAUUUCCCCAGACCAACCAGAGACCACAUCCCCAAGGGUCACCCACCCUGGGAAAGAAGAUGCUUCAGGGGUUUUAAGAACAAUGGCCUCACCUACUGUUCCAGGCAUGAUGACCACAACAACUCUGAUCCACACUCCUCCUGAACCACAGACCAUAGCAUCAUUGGUCACUCAUACUGGUGAACAUCUCAGUUCAUCCAUGUCCACUGAUGUUGUCUCUCAGAGUGGAAUGGAUAUGAUGAUGUCACAUGCCAGUACAGAAGUACAUGAAACCAGUCCAGCUCUACUUCUUUCUCCAGGUCAAAGAGAGAACACAGCCUCAUGGGGGACUCAUGAUGAAAGAGAAGACACUUCAGGUAUUCUAACUACCACCGUUUCAACUACUGGUCCAGACCUUGUUACUUCAGCAUCUCCUAUUCCUGCUGAACAACAUUCAACAGUUUCUAUUGUCACCCACAUUGGUGAACAGCCCAGUUCAGCCUUCUCUACUUUGUCUGGCUCUUCAGGUGUAACAGAAAUGAUGCCAUCACUGGUCACUAGCCCCAUCACAACACACAGUCCAACAACUACAAUGCUGACAGUAUCCACAGAUCAAACAGAGACCACAGGUUCAUGGGCCUCCCAUUCUGUAAAGGCAGUUAGUUCAGAUGUUCUAACUACAAAUAUGUCAGCUACUGCUUCAGAGAAUGUAGGCUCAAUAAGUCCAACCUACAUUUCUUCUGAAACACAGAACACAGUAUCAAUGGUUACUCAUGCUGAGGUACAACCAAGUUUAUCCAUGUCCACUCAGACUGUCCCUCCAGAAGCAACAGAAAUGAGGACAUCACAGACCACUACUACUGGCUCAAAAACACAUGAAACCAGUUCAGUUCUACUUAUUUCUCCAGGUCAAAGGGAGACCACAACCACAUGGGUGACUCAUGCUGAAAGAGAAGACACUUCAUAUGUUCAAACUACCACUGUUUCAACUACUGGUCCAGACCUUGUUACUUCAGCAUCUCCUAUUCCUGCUGAACAACAUUCAACAGUUUCUUUUGCCACCUACAUUGGUGAACAGCCAGGUUCAGCUAUUCCUCCCCUGGCUGUCUCUCCAAGUGUAACAGAAACACUAAUAUCACUGGACACUAGCUCCAGCACUAGCUCUGCACUAGCUACAACUCUGGCAGUUUCCACAGAUAAAUCAGGGAAUGCAGGCCCAUGGGUCACCCAUCCUGAAACAGAAAUCUCUUCAGGGGUUCUCUCUACAGCCAUCUCACCUGAUGUUCCAAACACGAUGACCUCAACAACUCUGAUCCACACUCCUCCUGAACCACAGACCAUGGUAUUGUUGGUCACACAUCCUGGUAGACAUCCCAGUCCAUCCUUGUCUGAUCAGGCUGUCUCUUCAGGUGUAACAGAAACAGAAAUGCCAUCAUUUGUCACUGGCUCAAGCAUAGGAAGCCAUGCAAUGACUUCAACUCUGGAUGAUUCUACAGGCCUGUCUGAGAUCAUAGCCCCACUGACCACCCAUACUGAAAGAGAAGUCAUAUCAGGGGUUCCUACUACUACCAUGUCAACUGGUAUCCCAGGAAUGAUGACCUCAACUACUCUCAUUCCUUCUGAAUCACAUGCUAAAAUUUCAUUGGUCACCCCUAUGGAACAACAGCCCAGUGCAACUUUGUCUACAAGUCCUGUCUCUCCAGGUAUUACAGAAAUGAUACCUUCACUCGUCACUAACUCAAGCACAGAGAACAAUUCCAUGACUUCAACUAUGGCUGUUUCACCAGAUCAACCAGGGACCACAGCACCAUUGGUCACCCAUUCUGGAAAAGAAGGCACCUCAGAAGAUCUAUCUACAACCAUCUUACCUGGUGUUCCCGACAUGAUGACCUCAAGAACUCUGAUCCACACUCCUUCUGAACCACAGACAUCAUCAUUGUUCACACAAGCUGGUGGACAUCCCAAUUUAUCCAUGUCUGCUCAGACUAUCUUUUCGGGUGUAACAGAAUUGAUGACAUCUAUGGACACUACUUCUGGGACAGAGACACAUGAAACCAGUUCAGCUCUACUUGUUUUCUCAGGUCAAACAAAUACCACAGCCUCAUGGGUAACUCAUGCUGAAAGAGAAGACACUUCAGGUGUUCUAACCACCACUAUUUCAGCUAGUGUUCCAGACCUUGUUACUUCCCCAACUCUUAUUCCUUCUGAAUCACAUUCCACAGUCUCCUCUGUCACCCAAAUUGGGGAACAGCCUAGUUCAGCCAUGUCUACUCUGGCUGGCUCUCCAGGUAAUACAAAAUUGAUUCCAUCACUGGUCACUAGCUCCAGCUCUAUACCACCCACAACUCUGGAAGUUUCCACAGAUAAACCAGAGACCAUAACCCUAUGGAUCACCCAUCCUGGAACAGAAGUCUCUUCAGAGGAUCUAUCUACAACCAUCUCACCUGGUGUUCCAGACAUGAUGACCUCAACACCUCUGGUUCACACUCCUUCUGAAUCAGUGGCCAUAACAUCACUGGUCACCUAUCCUGGAACAGAAGUCUCUUCAGAGGAUCUAUCUACAACCAUCUCAUUUGGUGUUUCAGACAUGAUGACCUCAACACCUCUGUUCCACACUCCUUCUGAACCAGUGACCAUAACAUCACUGGUCAGCCAUCCUGGUGGACAUCCCAGUUCAUCCUUGUCUAUUCAGACUGUAUCUCAUGAUGCAACAGAAAUGACACAGUCACUAGUCACCAGGGUGGGCACAGGAAGUUAUAUAAUGGUCACCCACACUGAAAGAGAAAGCAUGUCAGGAGUUCCAAGUACUACCAUUUCAGCCAGUAUCCCAGAAAUGAUAUCCACAACUCUUUUUCCUUCUGAAUCACUAACUGGAAUUUCAUUUGUUACCUCUGCUGAGGAUCAGACCAGCAGUAUAACAGAAAUGACAUCACAAGCCAAUACUUUGGGGACAGAGACAGAAGAGACCCCUCCAGUUCUAUUUGUUUCCCCAGGUGAAAGAGAGACCACAGCCUCAUGGGUGACUCAUAUUGAAAGAGUACUCACUUCAGGUUCUUCAACCUCCACUAUUUCAACUAUUUUUCCAGAUUUGGUUACCUCACCACCUCUUCUUUCUUCUGAACCACAUACUACAGUUUCAUUCAUUACCCUUCCUGAGGAACAACAGACAACUCAGACUGUCUCUCCAGGUAUAACAGAAAUGAUACCAUCAAUGAUCACUCUCUCAGGCAAAAAUAACCAUUCAGCUUCUUCAACUCUGGCAGAGUCUGUAGGUGAAGCAGAAACCACAACUCAUCCUGGAAAUGAAGACACUUCAGUGGUUCUGACUACAGCCAUCUCACUUAGUGGUCCAGACACGAUGACCUCAACAAUUCUGAACCACACUCCUAAAACACAGAGCAUAACAUCAUUGGUUCCCCAUGCUGGAAGACAGCCCAGUUUAUUUAUGUCUACUCAGAGUGUCUCUCCAGAUAUAACAGAAGUGACACCAUCACUAUUUACUAACCUGGGCACAGAAAGCUCUGCAAUGACUACAACAGUGGCUGUUUCCCCAGGUCAACCUGAGACUGUAGUCCCAUGGGUCACCCAUCCUGGAAUAGAAGAUACUUCAAGGGUUCUCUCUAUGACCAUCUCCCCUAAUGUACCAGAAAUGAUGACAUCAGCAACUCUUAUUCCUUCUGAAUCACAUACCACAGUUUCAAUUGUCACCCACUUUGGAGAACAGUCCAGUUCAGCCAUAUCUACAAAAUAUGUAUCUCCAGGUACAACUGAAAUGAUACCAUCACAGGUCAUUAGUUCUGGAACCGAAAACCAUCCAAUCACUUCAAGUCUGUCUGUUUCCUCAGGUCAAACAGAGUCCACAGUUCCAUGGGUCACCCUUCCUGGGAAAGAAGACACUUCAGGAGUUUUAACUUCAACCAUCUCACCUCGUCUUCCUGGUAUGCUGACCUUAACAGCUGUGAACCACAUUACUUCUGAAGCACAAACUGGAACAUUGGGCACCCAUGCUGGGGAUCAGCCCAGUUUAUCCAUGUCUACUCUGGGUGUCUCUCCCCAUGUAACAGAAAUGAUACCAUCACUGGGCACUAGCUCUAGUGUGCCAGAAAUGAUGACCUCACCAAACCUUAUUUCUUCUGAAGCACAUACCACAAUUUCUUUGGUCAUUGAUGCUGGGGAACAGCCCAGUUCAACCAUUUCUACAAAGCCUAUCUCUCCCCAUGUAACAGAAACAAUAUCACCACUCAUCACUAGUUCUCACAUAGAAAUGGAUUCAGUGUCUUCCACUCUGACUGCUUCUCCAGAUCAACCAGAAAACCCAACCUUAUGGCUCACCACUCCUAUAACAGAAGCCCCUUUGAGUAUUCUAAGGACAUCCAUGUCUCCUAGCAUUCCAGAAAUGUUAUCCUCAUCAACUCUUAUUCCUUCUGAACCACAUACCAUAAUAUCCUUGAUCUCCCAUGUUGGGGGACAGCCCAGUUCAGCCAUGACUACAAGAUCUGUCCCUCCAGAAAUGAUUACCCCAACAACUCUUAUUCCUUCUGAGCCACAUAACACUAUUUCAGAUGUUACAGAAAUGAUGACGUCACGGGUCACUACUUCUGAGACAAAGAUAUAUACAGCUACUCCAGUUUUGACUGUUUCCUCAAGUCAAACAGAGAACACAGCCUCCUCGGUCAUGCUUCCUGGGAAAGAAGCAAGUUCAACAAUUUCUACUCUGUCUACUUUACCUGGUGAGCCAAAAAGAACUGAAACAUGGCUCAUUCUUUCUGCCAAGCCUAGCACUCCACUCUCCACAGCAACUCUCAAAUUUUCUUCUAGUGAAUCAGACAUCAUACCCUCAGCUUCUGGGGCAGAGAGCACUUCAGCCAUUCCAACAACUCUUUCAACUGGUGUACCAUAUAUGACCACUCCACUAACUGCUGGUUCUACAACAGACAAUAGUAAGAUUUUUCUUACACCGAGUACAUUGAUGCAUGAGCCAACAUCAGCAGUCUCCCUGGUCUUUCAUUCUGCCUUAACACAAAAAACUUCCAGUUCUUCUGAUAGUGGUUUAGAUGUUACACCCUCAAUAAUCAAUCAUUCUGGAACUGAAACCAGUUCAUCUGUGCCAACAAUGACUCUCUAUCCUGGGGUGCCAGGUGUUGAGAUCUCACAGUUCUCUAGUUCUAGUCCAUCAACCAGUACAUUUCCAAAUACAGUUCUGUCUCCUAGUGAAACAAAAAGCACAGUCUCAUUACCCACCUUCCUCAGUACUGAGACUAAGACAACAUUUCCUGUUUCAACUGGUUUUCUUCCUUCAUUGGAGACCACAGCCUCAGUGCCCAUUACAUCUGGGGUAGAUGUUAGUACAACUCUCUUUACUCAGACUGUGUCCCCUGAUGUACCAGAGAUGACACAUUUUCUCUUGAACUCAUCUGUGACUGAGGAGAGCAAAAGUGACCUGGGUACAACAUUUUCAUCUGGUACUUCUGAAGAAACAGCCUCUCUCCCCAUCCACUCUGAGACUAAGACCAGCACAACCAUUCUAAGUGUAACUCCUUCCCCUAAUUUAACAGGAACCACAGGUUUAUGGGCUUCCAUCACUUCUGCAGAAUCCACUCUGACUAUGUCCCCUAGUGUCUCUGGGAUUCCCGGUGCUCCUACAACUAGUAAAUCUAGCAGUGCAACUUUAGAGAGCAUAGAAACUUCAGCAUCUGUCACUACAGUUAGACUUUCCGAUCUUGUCACUUAUGUCACAAGCCCCGUAAUUACCUUGAUACCAUCAGAGUCCUCAACAAGCCCAAUCACUGACCUGGAAACUACAAGUGAGACAUCUCAUGUAGCUACCACAAGUUCAAGACCCAUUGGGAAUAAGACCACAACUACACAACAUGGACUGAGCACAUCUGGAAUGUCCACAUGGAUCUCUGAGAAUGUGACUUCAAGACCAACUCCAAGUAUUUAUCUAGAAUUGGUGCCAUUCACUUUCAACUUGACAAUCACCAACCUGCCUUAUACCACAGAAAUGGGGUACCCAGACUCCUUACACUUCAACCAAACACAGAAGGCCUUGAACUACCUGUUCCAGUCAUUGUUCAAGAAUACCAGCAUUGGUUCUAACUACUCUGGAUGCAUACUGUCGCUGAUCAGGUCAGAACAGAAUGGAGCAGCCACUGGAGUAGAUAGUAUUUGCACCUACCAUCAUGACCCCAUGAGUCUUCCUCUGGACAGAAAGCAGUUGUAUCAAGAAGUGACCCAGCUGACCAAUGGUAUCACCAGACUGGGUCCCUACAUCCUGGACAGAGACAGUCUCUAUGUCAAUGGUUAUAACCGUCGGUACUGGACCACCCCCACAAACAGUACAAGCCCAUCUCUGGAACUCUUCACCCUUAACUUCAUUAUAACCAAUCUGCACCAUACAGAGGGCAUGAGAUACCAAGGAUCAAAAAUAUUCAACAGCACAGAGAGGAUCUUGAAUCGAUUGCUCAAGCCCCUGUUCAAAAACACCAGUAUUGGGUCCCUUUAUUCUGGUUGCAGACUGACCUUACUGAGGCCUGAGAGAGAUAGAACAGCCACUGGAGUGGAUGCUGUCUGCACUUACCAUUCUGAUCCCAUGGGCCUUAGGCUGGACAGAGAGAAGCUGUACUGGGAAGUGAGUCAUAAUACCCAGGGUGUUACCAAGCUAGGAUCCUUCACUCUAGAAAAGGACAGUCUGUACAUCAAUGAUUUUACCCAUCAAACCUCUGCUCCCACUUCCAACACUCCUGUGACGUCAUCUCGGUCUUUCAAAGGAACCUCUACUGCACAACCUAACCUCUCCACAGUGGCUACUCCUGUUUUUGCACAGUUCACGCUCAACUUCACCAUCACUAACCUGGAGUUCAAGGAAGACAUGCUAUACCAUGGCUCCAAGAAUUUCAACACUCUGGAGAGAGUCCUCCAGCACCUGCUCAAAUCCCUGUUCAAGACCAGCAGUCUGGGAUCCCUCUAUGCAGGCUGCACACUAGUGUCACUCAGGUCUAAGAAAGACAGAACGGCCAUCACAGUGGAUGCCAUCUGCACAUAUCACUUUGACCCCAAAGGCUACAGAUUGGACAGGGAGCAGCUCUACUGGGAGCUGAAUGGGUUAACUCAUGGUGUCACCAGACUGGAUCCCUACACCCUGGAUAGGGACAGCCUCUACGUUAAUGGUUUCACCCAUCAGAGCUCUGCACUUAUCAGCAGCACUCCUGGGACUACGACAACAAAUCUGGGAACCUCUGGAGAUCACUCCUUCCCCAAAACCACAGCCAUGACCCAUUCCCUGGUGCCCUUUACCCUCAACUUCACCAUCACAAAUCUACAAUACACACCAGCUAUGAAACACUCAGGAUCCUUAAAGUUCAACAAAACAGAGAAGGUCCUGCAGUACCUGCUUGCUGCUGUGUUCAAGAAUACCACCAUUGGUCCAUUGUACUCUGGGUGCCAACUGAUCUUGCUCACACCUGAAAAGGAUGGAUCAGCCACUGGAGUGAACAUGAUCUGUACUCAUCGAUCUGAGCCCACAGGCAUAGGGCUGGACCCAAAGCAGCUGUACUGGGAGCUGAGCCGUGAGACCCAUGGCAUCACCCAGCUGGACUUCAUAACCCUAGACAAGAACAGCCUUUAUGUCAAUGGUUAUAACCAUUGGCUCCUGACCUCAAACACUAGCAUGCCAGGCUCUCCUCUGGUGCCUUUCACCAUCAACUUCACCAUCACUAACCUCAAGUAUGAGGAGGGCAUGCGUCAACCUGGAUCCUGGAAGUUCAAUGCCACGGAGAGGAUCCUCCGAAGACUGCUAUGGUCUUUGUUCAAUAAAACGAGCAUCAGCCUUCUGUAUUCUGACUGCAGACUGUUCUUGCUCAGGUCUGAGAACGAUGGAGCAGCCACAGGGGUAGAUGCUAUCUGUACUCACCGUCCAGACCCCACUGAGUCUGAGCUGGACAAUGAACAGGUAUAUAGGGAAUUGAGCGAGCUGACCAAUAACAUCACCCAGCUGGGCCCUUAUGCCUUAGACCAGAACAGCCUUUACAUCAAUGGUUAUACACACCAGAACCUGUCCAUCAUACCCAUUACAGUCCCUGUCCUGGUGCAUUUUACUAUCAACUUCACCAUCACUAACUUGGCGUUUGAGAAGGACAUGAGUCGCCCUGGAUCCAGGAAGUUCAAUAUCACUGAGAGAAUCCUGCAGAGGCUGCUGAGGCCCUUGUUCCAAAAAUCCAGUGUUGGUCCCGUGUAUUCUGGCUGUGUCCUGGCCUCUCUCAGAUCUGAAAAUGAUGGUGCAAGCACAGGAGUGGAUGCGGUCUGCACUCUCCACCUCGACCCCACUGGCCUGAGACUGGACAGAAAGAUGAUGUAUUGGGAGCUCAGCCGGCUGACGUAUGGUGUCAGCAGGCUGGGCCAUUAUACUCUGGACCAGAACAGUCUCUAUGUUGAUGGUUACACACAUCAAAACCUGGCUACCACCACAAAGAUCUCUGUGAUGACCACGGCUUCUACAGCAUUGACUACCAGCUCUCCCAGCCAUACAGCAGCAGGCCCUGUUCCAGUGCCUUUUACCAUCAACUUCACUGCCACUAAUCUGGAGUAUGUGGAUGAUAUGGGUCACCCAGGAUCUAGGAAGUUCAAUGUCACUGAGAGACUUCUGCAGAGCCUGCUUGGAACAUUAUUUAGUAAAACCAGUGUCAGCCACCUGUACUCUGGAUGCAGACUAACAAUGCUCAGGCCUGAGAACAAUGGAACAGCCACAGGAGUAGAUGCCAUCUGCACCUACCAGCCCAACACUUCUAGUGGAGGGCUGGACAGAAAGCGUCUGUACUGGGAGCUGAGAAGACUGAACAAAGGCAUCAUGAAGCUAGGGCCCUACACCUUGGACAAGAACAGUCUCUAUGUCAAUGGUUAUAUGCAGCAGACUCUGGCCACUACCCAUGGGAGUGAGUAUCCUGAGGCUCCAGUAUUCGUGACAUUAGUGAUGGCUACUGUUUCUGAAGGACUGCCACACACUUCUUCAGCACCCACAGCUGCAGGCCCUGUCCUGGUGCCUUUCAGCAUCAACUUCACCAUCAUUAACCUGGAGUUUGAGGAGGAAAUGGGUCACCCUGGAUCCAGGAAGUUCAAUAUCAUGGACAGAACCCUGCAGAGCCUGCUCAGGCCCUUGUUCAAUAAAACCAGUGUUGGUCCAUUGCAUUCUGGCUGCAGGCUGAUCUUGCUCAGGUCUGAGAAAAAUGGAAGUGCCACAGGGGUGGAUGCCACCUGCACCCACCGCCUAGACCCUGCUGGCCACAGGCUGGAAAAUGAGCAGAUAUAUGGGGAGCUGAGCAAUCUGACCCAGGGUGUCACCCAGCUGGGCCCCUACAUCCUGGACAAGAACAGUCUCUAUGUCAAUGGUUACACACACCAGAUCCUGGUUACCACUCCCAGAAUGUCUAUGGUGAACAUUGUUUCUUCAACUAUGCCAACUCCCAUCUCCAAUCUCACAGCCUCAAGCUCUGCUCCACUGCUGUGCACUCUUAACUUCACUAUUACCAACCUACCAUACACAGAGGAUAUGUGGGGCCCAGGGUAUGCCAAGUUCAACAAAGUGGAGAAAGUUUUGCAGCUUCUGCUCAAACCUUUGUUCCAAAAAAGCAGCGUUGGCCUACUGUAUUCUGGUUGUAGACUGACUUCACUCAGUCCCAGGAAGAAUGGAGAAGCCACUGGAGUGGAAACAGUUUGCACCUAUUACCCUGACCACACAGGUCAUGGCCCGGCUAGAGAGCAACUGUACUUGGAGCUGAGCAAGCUAACCAAUGGUGUCACUCAGCUGGGCCCCUACACUCUGGAUGGAGACAGUCUCUAUGUUAAUGGUUACACCAAUCUAACCUCAGAUAUGAUCCUGAACACAACUGUGACUACCACAUCCUUCCCAGCUUCCUCUCUGACUCCAUUCUCUACAACUAAUUCCACAGUCGUUGGUACUAUCAUGGUACCCAUCACUCUCAACUUCACCAUCACCAACUUACACUACACAGAGGAGAUGGGUCAUCCAGGUUCCUUGAAGUUCAACUCCACCAAGUGGAUCUUACAUUAUUUGCUUGACACCUUGUUCAAUAAGACCAUCAUUGCCACACACUACUCUGGAUGCAGACUGGCUUCACUCAGGUCAGACAAUCAUAGAGAAGCCACAGGUGUAGACAUAAUCUGCACCUUCCUCUCUGACUCCAUGAGCCCUGGAUUAGUCCGAGAUCAGCUAUUUUGGAAGUUGAGCCAUGAGACACAUGGCAUCACCCGUCUGGGCCCCUAUACCCUGGACCAGAACAGUCUCUACAUUAAUGGUUACCAUUUUGGAACUGCAGCCCCAGCUAACAUUACUGGGAAAGUUGGUGAGGAGAUGUUCACAGUAAACUUCACUAUCAACAACCUACGCUACUCUGCCGACAUGGGCCAGAUUGGCUCUCCCAAGUUCAAUAUCACAGAUACACUCAUGCAGCACCUGCUCAGCCCUUUGUUUCAGAGGAGCAGUCUUGGCCCCCUAUACACAGGCUGUAGAGUAACCACUCUGAGGUCAGUGAAGAAUGGUGCCCAGACCCAGGUAGAUGCCCUUUGCACGUACCGCCAGGUUCCCAACAGUCUGAGACUGCCUGCCAAGCCAAUUUUCUAUGACCUAAGCUGGCAGACCCGUGGAAUCACCCAGCUGGGUCCAUACUCUCUGGAUAAAGACAGCCUUUACAUCAAUGGUUACAAUGAACCUGGUCCAGAUGUACCUCCUACAACUCCAGAACCAGCCACCACCAUCUUGCCCUCCGCAUCAACAUCUCUACAGCCAGAGUCCAAUACAGCUAUGAGGCACCACCUGGAAACCUUCACCAUCAACUUCACCAUCUCUAACCUUCCAUAUUCAGCUGACAUGAUCAGUGGCUCAGCCUUGUUCAACUCCACUGAGCAUGUCCUACAACACCUACUUGGAUCCUUGUUCCAUAAUAGCUCCUUUAACUCAAGUUGCAGACUGACCUCCCUCAGGCCUGCGAAGAAUGGAACAUUCACAGUGGUGGGUACCACCUGCACCUACCAGCACGACCCUGCACAUCCUGGAAUGGAUGCUCAGGGUCUGUACUCAGAACUAAGUCAUCUGAGCCGUGGAGUCACCCAACUGGGAAACUACACACUGGAGAAGCAUAGCCUCUAUGUGAAUGGUUACAAUGGUCUUGGUCCAGAUAUACUUACUACAGUUCCUGAGCCAAGCACCACCAUCCUGCCUUUUACACUGACAUCUGUACAACCAGAAUCUACCACAGCUGUGGAGCACCAUCUGAAGCUUGUCAUACUCAAUUUCACCAUCUCUAAUCUUCCUUAUUCAGAAGACAUGAACUAUAGCUCAGCCAUGUUCAACUCCACUGAGCGUGUUCUACAAUACUUGCUUACACCCUUGUUCCAGAAUAUCUCCUUCAACCCAAGCUGCAGACUGACCUCUCUCAGGCCUGAGAAGAAUCAAAACUCCACUAGUGUAAUUGUCAUUUGCUCCUACCAACAUGAUUCUGAGCAUCCUGGGCUGCACACACAAGAAAUAUAUUCAGAGAUGAGCCAUCUGACCCAUGGAGUCACUCAGCUGGGCAACUACACAUUGGACAAAGAUAGUCUCUAUGUGAAUGGUUACAGUGUAACUAGUACAGAAGAAUCAACAACAACUGUGGGGCACCACUUGAAAACUGUAUCAGUCAGCUUCACUAUUUCCAACCUCCCAUAUUCAGCAUAUAUGAACAAUGGCUCAGCUGUGUUCAACUCCACUGAGACCCUCCUAAAGAAUCUGAUGGAACCAUUGCUCCAUAAUGGUUCUUUCAACUCAAGUUGCAGACUGGAUUCUCUCAGGCCUGAGAAGAAUGGAACUGCCACUGGUGUAGAAGUCAUCUGCACAUACUUGUAUGACCUUGCACAUCCUGUGUUGGACACCCAGGAAUUGUACUCAGAGCUGAGCAACCUGACCCAUGGAAUAACCCAGCUGGGCAACUAUUCACUGGACAAAGAAAGUUUACAUGUGAAUGGUUAUAAUAAACCUGGUCCAGAAGAACCUCCUACAACUAUAGGACACCAUCUAAAAACCCUCACAAUCAACUUCACCUUAACCAACCUUCCAUAUUCAUCAAAUAUGAGCAAUGCCUCAGCUCUGUUCAGCUCAACUGAGAGUGUCUUCCACUACCUGCUUGGACACGUGUUCCAGAAUGACUCCUUCAACACCAGUUGCAGAUUGGAUUCCCUCCAGCCUAAGAAGAAUGGAACAGCCACUGGUGUGGAUGCCAUCUGUGCCUACUACCAUGACCCUGCACAUCCUGGGAUAGACAUCAAAGAGCUGUACACAGAGCUGAGAAAUCUAACUCAGGAAAUCACCCAUCUGGGUAACUACUCCCUGGACAAGGACAGUCUAUAUGUCAAUGGUUAUAAUGAACCUGGUCACGAAGAACCUUCUACAACUCAUGAGCCAGUCACCACUACCCUACCUUCUCCACCUGCAUCUCUGCAGCCAGAACCUGCCACAGCUAUAGGACACCAUCUAAAAACCCUCACAAUCAACUUCACCAUAACCAACCUUCCAUAUUCAUCAAAUAUGAGCAAUGGCUCAGUUCUGUUCAGCUCAACUGAGAGUUUCCUCCACUACCUGCUUGGACACGUGUUCCAGAAUGACUCCUUCAACUCCAGUUGCAGACUGGAUUCCCUCAGGCCUAAGAAGAACGGAACAGCCACUGGUGUGGAUGCCAUCUGUGCCUACUACCAUGACCCUGCACAUCCUGGGAUAGACAUCAAAGAGCUGUACACAGAGCUGAGAAAUCUAACUCAGGGACUCACCCUUCUGGGUAACUACUCCCUGGACAAGGACAGUCUUUAUGUCAAUGGUUAUAAUAAACAUGUUCCUGAGGAAACUCCUACAACUAUAGGACACCAUCUAAAAACCCUCACAAUCAACUUCACCAUAACCAACCUUCCAUAUUCAUCAAAUAUGAGCAAUGGCUCAGCUCUGUUCAACUCAACUGAGACUUUCCUCCACUACCUGCUUGGACACGUGUUCCAGAAUGACUCCUUCAACUCCAGUUGCAGACUGGAUUCUCUCAGGCCUAAGAAGAAUGGAACAGCCACUGGUGUGGAUGCCAUCUGUGCCUACUACCAUGACCCUGCACAUCCUGGGAUAGACAUCAAAGAGUUGUACACAGAGCUGAGAAAUCUAACUCAGGAAAUCACCCAGCUGGGUAAUUACUCCCUGGACAAGGACAGUCUCUAUGUCAAUGGUUAUAAUAAGCCUGGUCCUGAAGAACCUUUGACAACUCGUGAGCCAGCCACCACUACCCUACCUUCUCCAUCUGCAUCUCUGCAGCCAGAACCUACCACAGCUAUAGGACACCAUCUAAAAACCCUCACAAUCAACUUCACCAUAACCAACCUUCCAUAUUCAUCAAAUAUGAGCAAUGGCUCAGCUUUGUUCAGCUCAACUGAGAGUUUCCUCCACUACCUGCUUGGACACGUGUUCCAGAAUGACUCCUUCAACUCCAGUUGCAGACUGGAUUCCCUCAGGCCUAAGAAGAACGGAACAGCCACUGGUGUGGAUGCCAUCUGUGCCUACUACCAUGACCCUGCACAUCCUGGGAUGGACAUCAAAGAACUGUACACAGAGCUGAGAAAUCUAACUCAGAAAAUCACCCAGCUGGGGAACUACUCCGUGGACAAGGACAGUCUCUAUGUCAAUGGUUAUAAUAAACCUGGUCCUGAAGAACCUUCCACAACUCAUGAGCCAGUCACCACUACCCUACCUUCUCCACCUGCAUCUCUGCAGCCAGAACCUGCCACAGCUAUAGGACACCAUCUAAAAACCCUCACAAUCAACUUCACCAUAACCAACCUUCCAUAUUCAUCAAAUAUGAGCAAUGGCUCAGUUCUGUUCAGCUCAACUGAGAGUUUCCUCCACUACCUGCUUGGACACGUGUUCCAGAAUGACUCCUUCAACUCCAGUUGCAGACUGGAUUCCCUCAGGCCUAAGAAGAACGGAACAGCCACUGGUGUGGAUGCCAUCUGUGCCUACUACCAUGACCCUGCACAUCCUGGGAUAGACAUCAAAGAGCUGUACACAGAGCUGAGAAAUCUAACUCAGGGACUCACCCUUCUGGGUAACUACUCCCUGGACAAGGACAGUCUCUAUGUCAAUGGUUAUAAUAAACAUGGUCCAGAAGAAACUCCUACAACUAUAGGGCACCAUCUAAAAACCCUCACAAUCAACUUCACCAUAACCAACCUUCCAUAUUCAUCAAAUAUGAGCAAUGGCUCAGCUAUGUUCAGCUCAACUGAGAGUGUCCUCCACUACCUGCUUGGACACGUGUUCCAGAAUGACUCCUUCAACUCCAGUUGCAGACUGGAUUCCCUCAGGCCUAAGAAGAAUGGAACAGCCACUGGUGUGGAUGCCAUCUGUGCCUACUACCAUGAGCCUAUUCAUCCUGAAAUGGACAUCAAAGAGUUGUACACAGAGCUGAGAAAACUAACUCAGGAAAUCACCCAGCUGGGGAACUACUCCCUGGACAAGGACAGUCUAUAUGUCAAUGGUUAUAAUGAACAUGAUGCAGAAGGACUUCCUACAACUCCUGAGUCACCCACCACCAUCCUGGCUUCUCCAUUAACAUCUGUGCAUCCAGAACCCACAACAGAUAUGAAGCCACCCACUCUUCUGCCAACAGAAAUCCCAACAACCAGUUCCAGCUCUCAACAUUUCAACUUGAACUUCACCAUCACCAACCUACCCUAUUCCCAAGACAUAGUUGAGCCAGGCACCACAAAACACCAGCAAAACAAGAGAAGCAUUGAAUAUGCGCUCAACCAGCUUUUCAGAAACAGCAGCAUCAAGAGUUAUUUCUCCGACUGUCAAGUUUUAGCCUUCAGGUCUGUCUCCAACAGCAACCACACAGGGGUAGAUUCCCUGUGUAACUUCUCACCAUUGGCUCGGCGAGUGGACAGAAUUGCUAUCUAUGAGGAAUUCCUUCGGAUGACACAGAAUGGUACCCAGCUGCUGAAUUUCACACUGGACAGGAAGAGUGUCCUUGUGGAUGGGUAUUCUUCAAACAGGGAUGAUGAUGUGAUAAAGAAUUCUGGUCUUCCCUUCUGGGCCAUCAUUCUCAUCUGCUUGGCAGUACUACUGGUAUUCAUCACAUGCCUGAUGUGCUGUUUCCUGGUGACUGUCUGCAGAAGAAAAAAGGAGGGAGACUAUCAGGUUCAACGUCACCGCCUCGGUUAUUACCUGCCUCACCUAGACCUGAGGAAGCUCCCAUGACUCCACCUGCCAGCAGUACCUUUCCCCUAGCAGGGUCCAAAGAAUAAAUAAACCUCAUGGGUCAGAUUCA